CGGAAAUAGAUCAGAGAUCGAUCCAUAGUUAGUACGAGAGGGUAUGGAAAUAGUCCCUAAUACCUUUGGCAGGUACCAUACAUUGCAAGGCUACGUACCAGUAUGUUGGCCAUACUAGUAUUUACCUGGUCGUCAUCAGCAAUUUUCAUCGCCCUAUGCCUUUGCCUUUUAAUUGUCGUGUAUAUUGAUUAUAUCGCAUGAUGUUAAUGCAUUCUCAAAUGUCAUUAUAUACAUUAAUUCAAAAUCAGAGAAGCAUAUAGCGUGAUAUUACUGCGAGGCGCCAUGUUGCAUACCUUAUGCGCAUCAGGUUCACUCUCCAGUCAAUGAUCUCGUUAUCAGGCUAUUGUUAAAGUCAUUGAUAUACUGUUUAAGUAUUGAAAAUGAGGUUAAUUAACAUUUUCGGUAUCGUGUGGUAUGUAUUGUGACAUAAACGGACAAGGUUUGCGGAAGUGGAAUAUAUUUGAAGAUAGGUCAGAUAAAUAUCGAGAGGCUCUUAUAGAUGCGCCAAGGUCUUUAUACCCUAUUAAACUGUGCCUGCAUGGGAUCUUCUGGCCCGCUGGACUCGUAUCUCUGUGUCACUGUAUAAGAUCCUCCUAAACAAGACGUGCACAAUGUCCUAUUACGACCGCACUCCACGAGGGGGUGUACGGCGAUUCGCACCCCCUGCCAGUGGUGGUUCCCCCUUUCCGUGGGCGCACGAUCACUCCCCAGAGAGAUCGCCAGUGGUGAGAGAUUUAAACGACGGUGCGAUACCUGUGCCCGAACUCACGGGACCUCUUCACAUUAGGUCUUCCAACGGUCUCAGCACAGAAAGGAUCCCAACUCACGUCCCUCCACGUGACAUGCCGCAUGCGCAUUUAACCCGGAAGUCAACUUACGUUCAAGAGGACGCAAAACUAGAGGGCGCCAUAUUUUACGGUGUAGAUGAUAACGAGUAUAAAAAGCUGAAUAAUUCUGCAAUGAUGUCUCAAGGUUUCUUGCCAGAGAGUAUAGUACAAGGAGACGAAAGAAUACACAUUACUCCCUGCACUUCACAGCCGUAUAGAUGGGUUUGCUACCUCGUGAUGACGGCCAGUGACGGGAAGAAAUUCGCUGGUACAGGCGCCUUCACAUCCAUGAUUUCGGGGAAAGGAGGUCUCAUUCUCACCGCCGGGCACAACCUCUACAUGCACACCCACGGGGGCUACGUGAAAUACCUGGACAUCUACCCGGGCCUGGACGGUCGCAGCGCUCCCCUGGGGGCCUACAGAGUCUACCCGACUCACUUCCGGGUGUCGCAAAAUUACGUCAAUAAUAAAAUCGCAUCAGAAGAUUAUGGAGCAAUUUUGCUGCCCGCUAGUUACGUUGAUUACAAUCAGGACGAGUUUGGUUUUGGGUAUAGUAUAAUAGAUGACGUCAACUUACUUAAUCAGGUGACCUCGCUUGCUGGUUACCCGAACGAUAAGCCAAUUGGGUCUCUGCACUUGGGCGGUGGGCGUGUCCAAGCUGUGAGUGACAGGCGUAUAUUCUAUGACACUGAUACGGCCAAGGGGCAGAGCGGAAGCCCUGUCUGGAUGUGGAAUCGCCACCAUUUUGUUUUGGUGGGGAUACAUUUGAAGGGUGUCCCUGAGGAAGGGGGUUAUAACUCAGCUAGACGUAUCACUAAAGACCUCGUAGCCCAGGUGCAGCAGUGGACGCGGGAAAUUAAGCAGUAAUGAGUUUAGGUAUAUCACGUUACUGAAGGUAAUAAGUAAGACCUGCUAAUUAGUCAACGAAGGAUUGUUUUGACCAGUAAAGGCGCUUCCACGAAGUAUUAUUAUUUAUCAAACGUACAUAAAAUUCAAGUUUUUCAAGUCAUAGUGCAAUACAAGGCCUGCUGCUUGAUAAAAAGACCUUUAUGUAGUUCUUACACCACACACAGUAUUUUCACAAAGCAAAGCUAUUGCUUUAAAUUUGCAGUUGAUGCAAAAAAAAAUCUUUUUUUCAGUUAUUUCUCUCUCUUUUCAACUCUUAUCCAGGCACCGUUUUUUAAAAUGAUGUAAAUAUAAAAACUGAUCUUCAAUAAAGUAUUCUCACUGGUUCAAUAAAAAGUUUUUUAAAAAGAAAA